CCUCAGUCCUUUAUAUGCCAGAGCCCCUUUUCUUUUUUCCCUUUCUUUCUUUCUUUUCCUCCUCUUAGACACUUUUCCCGUACUCGCUCUGCCCCUACUCCCUCCCCUCUUCAUAUUCCUCAACAGCUGCACGCAUACUAUUCCCAGAAGAUGUCCGGAUACUACUCUGUUAGCCAGGUCGCUUCCCACAACUCCGAGAACGACUGCUGGGUCAUCAUCCACGACAAGGUCUAUGACGUGUCCAACUUCUUGAACGACCAUCCCGGUGGAAAGAAAAUCAUUCUCAAGAAUGCCGGUACCGAUGCUACCAAGCAGUUCGAUGCCUUCCACAACCCAGGCGUUCUCGAAAAGUAUGGCGCUCUCUGCAUUGGAAGCAUUGGUGAGCCACCCAAGGAGGGUGCCCAAGUCGUCCCUGAAUCCGGUGCUGAGGACGACGAGUUCCAGUUUGGUGAGAUGAUUCCCUUUGGUGAUCCAUCCUGGUACCAGCAGUGGGGCAGUCCCUACUACAAAGACUCGCAUCGUCGCCUCCGGAGAUACGUCCGCAAGUUUGUUGACACCGAUAUCAUGCCCUUUACUCACGAGUGGGACGAGGCCAAGCAGGUGCCCAUGUUCCUGUUCAAGAAGUGCGCCGAGAUGGGUAUCCUUGCUGCUGUCGCCGGCAAUGGUCAUCUGCCCACGGACUAUUUCGAUAUCGAGCAGACCACUCUCUUCCGCGGCGGCGAUAACGCUAUCGUUCCCCCACAAGAGUUUGAUGCCUUCCACGGCUUUAUCAUCUUUGACGAGCUCUCCCGCUGCGGCUCUGGUGGUGUCCUCUGGGGCAUUCUCGGUGGUCUCGGAAUCGGUCUUCCUCCCAUUAUCAAGUAUGCCAGCGAGGAGCUCAAGAACCGCAUCGUUCCUGAGGUCUUGGCUGGACGUAAGACGAUCUGCUUGGCUAUUACUGAGCCCGCUGCUGGUUCGGAUGUCGCCAACUUGACCUGUGUUGCCAACGAGCACGGCGAUGGAUUUAUUGUCAACGGUGAGAAGAAAUGGAUCACCAACGGAACCUUUGCCGACUACUUCACGACUGCUGUCCGCACCGGAGGCGAGGGUAUGGGCGGUGUCAGUUUGCUGGUCAUUGAGCGUGACAUGCCCGGAGUCAGCACGCGUCAGAUGAAGUGCUCUGGUGUCUGGUCCUCUGGAACGGCCUACAUCAACUUUGAGGAUGUCAAGGUCCCCCGCGCCAACAUUGUCGGCAAGGAGAACCGUGGAUUCAAGUACAUCAUGAACAACUUCAACCACGAGCGCAUGGGAAUCGUCAUCCAGGCUAACCGUCUUGCCCGUGUCUGUCUGGAGGAGGCCAUCAAGUACGGAAGCAAGCGCAAGACCUUUGGCGUCAAGCUCGUCAACCAUCCCGUCCUGCGCAACAAGUUGGCCCACAUGGCGCGUCAGAUCGAGGCAACCCAUGCUUGGACGGAGAAUGUGAUCUUCCAGACCAUCACCAUGCCCGAGGAUCUGCAGAUGAUCAAGCUCGGUGGACCCAUUGCACUGCUCAAGGCACAGGCUACACAGACACUCGAAUAUUGUGCUCGCGAGGCCUCUCAGAUCUUUGGAGGUCUGGCUUACACACGCGGUGGUCAGGGUGAGAAGGUCGAGCGUAUUUACCGUGAAGUGCGCGCUUAUGCUAUUCCCGGAGGCUCCGAGGAAAUCAUGUUGGACUUGGGCAUGCGUCAGUCUAUCAAGGUCGCCACCUCAAUGUAUGGUGCCAAGCUGUAAAGAAACAUUGUAUGUAUCCAAAUCCCUUGUCAAAUAAAAACGAGCAGUUGCUAUCAACAGAAAUGAUGCCUGC